AUUUCAGUCGAAAGGGCCUACGGAGUCUGCUGUGGAGCGGCCACGUGGCUGGCGAACCUUCUCUCGAGCGUACUAGGUCUCGACGUCGUGCCAUCUCUGCUGCGUCGGUACAGGUGAGAUGGCAGUCUCAAACUCCGAAACCUUCAAGUUCCUUCCCUCUGAUAUCAUAUGCAAGCCAAUAACAAGCCAGCAAACGAUACCGUUACGCCAUUCCGUGCUUUGGCCUGACGAAGAUGUCGCCAAAGUCGUACUCCCGGAAGACGAACUAGGUUGGCAUUUUGGUGCCUUUGUACCGUCUCGGGUCGAACCCAUUGCCGUCAUAUCCCUUUUCUCUGAAUCGGUUCCCAUGAGUCCCAUCGAUAGUACUCUGGAUCGGCUUGCUACCGAUGACCCUGCGGAAGGCAUGGCCACACGAUUCCGAAAAUUUGCUUGCGAUCCUUUGUUUCAAGGACGCGGAAUCGGAACAAAACUGCUGACAUACGUGUUUCACUUUGCACGCUUAAAUCUGCAUGCGAGAGUGGUAUGGUGUGACGCGAGGGUGUCCGCAUCCACCUGGUAUAGGAAGCGGUCAAUGACUGCAUUUGGGAAUUCAUUUUUCAAGGGAGCUGUGGAGUAUGUUCGCAUGAGAAUUGAUCUCGAACCGUUGACGCCUUCACCGUGAGGCACGAAGGUUGUUCGUAUUGUCUUCAUCUCGGAAUUCGGGAUCUUCGUGCUUCUACGUCAUGACCUUAAGGGCGAAUUCGGCCGGCGUCAGUAAAUAAUACCUGCUCUGGCCCUAUCAGCUG